ACUUGCUUUAACCAUAGCACGUGGAGCAGAUGUCCUACGUCAUGACGUCUGCCAGUGACUAACGUACUCCAUAAUGGCGGUGGCCUUUACAAUGGGGACCGUUGUGGAUCACUAGUGAAUCAAUUUCUUGUGGAUAACUGCCGGUUAUUCACAUAUCUGUCUGUUUUUGCGUAAUUUACUCCGACGGCUACAUGUUAAAGUCCAGUGCAGCGGGUCCAUCCACCGUUGCCUCUCCUCAGCCAAUGAAGGAAUUCAAGGAGAACUUUUCAGGCCAGCUAAUUCUGGACCACAUCAAGCCAUGCUGGUACUGGGACAAGAAGGAUUUAGCCCACACCCCCUCUCAGUCUGAAGGCCUGGACCCUGGCACGGAGGCCCGCUAUCGGAGAGAAGGAGCCCGCUUCAUUUUUGACGUGGGGACCAAACUUGGCCUACACUAUGACACGCUGGCAACUGGCAUCAUAUACUUCCACCGCUUCUACAUGUUUCAUUCCUUUAAGCAGUUCCCCAGAUAUGUGACCGGUGCUUGCUGUCUUUUCCUGGCAGGCAAAGUGGAGGAAACCCCCAAAAAGUGUAAAGACAUCAUCAAAACAGCCCGAAGCCUACUGAAUGAUGUGCAGUUUGCCCAGUUUGGAGAUGAUCCGAAGGAAGAGGUGAUGGUGUUGGAGAGGAUUUUACUCCAGACUAUCAAGUUUGACCUGCAGGUGGAGCACCCUUACAUGUUCCUGCUGCGCUAUGUCAAGCAACUCAAAGGGGAAAAGAAUAAAGUGUGCAAGGUGCUACAGAUGGCGUGGACCUUUGUCAAUGACAGCCUGUGCACCAUGCUGUCUCUGCAGUGGGAGCCAGAGAUUAUUGCGGUAGCCGUCAUGUACCUGGCCGGCCGCCUCUGUAAGUUUGACAUCCAGGAGUGGACCGCCAAGCAGUCGUCCCGCCGCUGGUGGGAGCAGUUUGUCCAGGACGUCCCAGUUGAGCUGCUUGAAGACAUUUGCCACCAGAUCCUGGAUCUGUACUCCCAGGGUAACAAGCCCAUCCCUCAGCAGAUACAGGAGAAGGAGAGGGCCGCUGCUCCGCAGGUCCCCGUUCCUCCAGCCCCAAUGGGACUACCGCCAGCCCCCAACCCUCCUCCCCCACCACCAAAGAAGACUUCCCCUCAGGGAAGCAGCCCUGCACGCCAGCUCAAACGCUCACAUACAUCCCCAAAAGAUGAACCAAAGGCUCCAGAACAAGUUGGAUCAAAGAUUCCUAGACUGGAGAGCCCCAUGCCCCCUCUGCCUACAUCGCAGCCGCCCCCAGAGCGCAAGGCCCCAGCUCCAGCCCCUCCCACGGAAGCCGAACCAAUACCGGAAGCGGCUCCUCCUCCACCGCAUGCUCCGCCGCCACAUCAGCCCCCGCCUCUGCCCCAUCGCCCUCCUCCGCCGCCGCCCUCCAACUACAUCAUGUCCACCACCAGCUCCUACAUGUCCGGAGAAGGCUACCAGAGCCUGCAGUCGAUGAUGAAGACUGAGGGUCCCUCCUACGCCCCGAUGCCGCCCAGCUACGCACCCCCAAUACCGCCAUAUCACCCCCACGUCUACCCGCCGCCUGCAGCACCACCUCCAGGCCCGCCUCCUUCCAGCUACCCGCCCCCAAACUUGCCGCCAACGUAUCCGCCACCGGGCUACAACAGCUACCCUCCGCCUCGCAUGCCACCGGGCCACGUACCCCCUCCAGUUAUAGGUCUGCCUGCUGGGUAUCCCCCGCCCCCAGUGCCCCCAGGACAGUCACAGGUGCCCCUGCCCCCUCCGCCCGGCAUGCCUAUGAAUCACGGUGGGUGGAUGAGAUGAGAUGAGAGUGAAACAGUCCAUGAAGUGAGUCCGUGCAGAGCCCCAGGAACUUGUUAAUGAGGAUGUACAGACGGAGAGCUUGUUCACCUCCAGUAGGACUUUUGUUGAUGAGGUUCUUAAUGAAGGCUUAACAACAGACUUGAAAAUGAAAACGUGAGUUGUGGACAGUAUUAUGAGAACCUGAACUGGCCCUGAAAGACUGCGGUCUCAGUGGCUUGUACAGGAGGGUACUUCUAGUUCCAGGCUCUUGUAACAAACACUGUCCACUUGUUAAGUGUACCAGGAAAUACUAGCACCCUGAAACUAGUUGUCACACAUGCUCAUUCAUUUGUUAUGGGCUGAUGAAUUGUUCUGUGUUUUUUACUUUACUUUUUUGAAUAGAACAUAGAUUGACUAGUCUUUCUUUUUGUUCUCUCCCACUUUUUUUUUUCUUCUAAAUUUCCAGGCAUACCAGUGUCCUUUGCCCUGCGGUCUUGUUUUUCUUUUAGACAUUCCCACUGUUUAGCUGAGAAAAAAAACGCAUAAUGAAAUCUUGAUGGUUGUACCUGCAGUAGUAAAAUUAAAAGGACUAUCACACUUGAUACGUGUUAUUAAAUAGUUCUUUCAAACGU